AUGGUGGGAUGCUUUGAAACCAAAGUGAAAAAGUCAAAGGCUGCAGUGACACAAAACAAGUUUGGAGCAGGAUGGAAAUUUGUAGAUAACUAUUCCUCAGCACCAAAGGGAAGAAUCUGGAUUGGAUGGAAGUCAGUAAAUGUUACAGUUUCAGUGCUUCAAUCCUCUGGCCAGCUCAUCCACUGUCAUAUUCAAGAUAGAAAUACAAUCUACUGUUAUGGAACCUUUGUUUAUGGAUUACAUACCACUGCAGAAAGGAAGCCUCUGUGGGAUCAUCUUAAGGCCAUCUAUGUGAAUCUAAGUGGCCCAUGGAUCAUUCUAGGAGAUUUCAACAGUAUACUAUCAGCGGGGGAUAGGAUUAAUGGAGCUCCAGUUCAUCAACAUGAAUUGAUAGACUUCCAACAAUGUAUUGAGGAUAUUGGAGUAUGGAAAAUCACCAAACAAGAUUGUCAAUUCUCUUGGAGCAAUAAAAGAGAUGUAGAUGAGAGAAUAUACAGCCACAUUGACUGGGCCUUUGGUAACUCUGAUUGGUUCCAGACAUAUGCUGGUGUUGAAGCUGUGUACUUGCUUCCAAGAGAUUCAGAUCACUCCCCAAUUAUGCUGAAUACAGUAGUAAGCAGUUCUAAAGAAAAUUAUAGAGAAACAGUCAGAACAGUUUGGACACAACAAAUUCAGGGCCACACUAUGUUUAAAAUAUGCAAGAAGCUGAAGAUGCUGAAAAUCCAAAUGAGGAACAUUCACAAAGAAUUUUCUUCCAUUGGUAGCAAACUAGAGAGCUUGAGGAAGAAGCUGGGGGUUGUUCAAAGGGCCUUAAAUGAGGAUCACUUCAAUCCAGCACUCAUAGAGGAGGAAAAACUGACACUCACGCUGAUUGAAAAAUGGGAUGCAAUACAGGAAAGAGUACUUAGGCAAAGAUCAAAAGCUAUAUGGAUUGCACAGGGGGACUCAAACUCCAAGUACUUCCAUUCCUACCUAAAAGCUAGACAAGCAAGGAACAAAGUAUCUUGCAUCUACAAUGAGCAAAAAAAUACCAGACUAACUGAACUAGACCAGAUUCGGAAUAAGUUUAUCAGCUUUUUCAAGAAGCUAAUGGGUGAAGCAGCUCCUACAUUACUGGGUUGGAUAUCAACAUAG